UCCAACACACACAAACACGCGCGCACACACACACACACACACACCGGGGGAGGAAAAGGAAAAAGUGGCCACUCGUCGAGGGAGGAAGGAGCGUCGACUGCUGCUGGAGCUGCAGGUUGUUCAGGAUAUUUCAGCUCCACAGCUCCUGAAGCAUCGAGGAAGGUCUGAGGAGUCGAUAAGGAGUCGAGAAGGAGUCGAGAAGGAGUCGAGCUGUUUCUGUUUCUCCCUCCAGAAGAUGGCAUCAAACGACUCGCGGACACAGCUGCCGCCCGCUCAGAAGGACGCGGCCGACCAGAACUUUGACUACAUGUUCAAGCUGCUGAUCAUCGGCAACAGCAGCGUGGGAAAAACCUCCUUCCUGUUCCGCUACGCCGACGACUCCUUCACGUCCGCCUUCGUCAGCACCGUGGGCAUCGACUUCAAGGUCAAGACCGUCUUCCGCAACGACAAGAGGAUCAAGUUACAGAUCUGGGUGAGUGGAUGAAAGACUUUAAAUUGU